UUCAACCUCGCGCGAAGUUAAGCCACAUGUUUGUUAAAAGCUGAUGUAAAUAUCGUAAACUAUGAGAAAAUAAUGUGGUGUUAAUCUGAGAUCGUCGACAAUCAAUGUAUGGACGAUUUUAAGAAAUUGCUGCAAUAUUUGGUCGGGUGACAUUAUUGCCAAUACAGUGCCAUUGGCAUUGGGUGAUAAAUACUUUUACAAACAUAUAAUCUUAAAUAGAUGUCAUCAUGGCAACAUCUCCAAAAUCAAGUAUGGAAACUAGUCAUGAAAAUUUAGAUGAAUAUUUCUCAAGUUACAAUGAUGUGACUGUUCAUGAACUCAUGUUAAAAGAUAGACCAAGAACGCUGGCCUAUAAACAAUUUUUUGAAGAAAAUCGCGAAUAUAUAGUAGAUAAAGUUGUCAUGGAUGUUGGUAGUGGUACAGGAAUAUUAGCUAUGUUUGCUGCAGCAGCUGGGGCUAAAAAGGUUUACGCUGUUGAGGCUAGUGAGAUGGCAGCUAUUUGUAAAAAUAUUGUAGUUUGUAAUGGUUUUGAAGAAAAAAUUGAAGUCAUCAACAAGAAAGUUGAAGAUGUUGAGUUAGCAGACGAUGAAAAAGUAGACAUUUUGGUUUCAGAAUGGAUGGGAUUUUACCUUCUGCAUGAGUCCAUGUUAGACUCUGUUAUUUUUGCACGUGAUAAAUUCUUAAAACCGAAUGGAAUUAUGGUGCCUUCUCAUGCAAAUUUAUUAAUAGCUCCUGUUAAUAUGGAUAAUUAUUAUGAUGACCAUUUUGAAUAUUGGAGUAAUUGUUAUGGUUUUGAUUUGUCUCCUAUGGUACCAGCGGCGAUGGCUACUAGUUUCAAGGAGCUACUCAUCACUGAGAUUUCUGAAAAACAACUUGUGGCCGAGUCCGACUUUGUUACUGCUUUUGAUUUAAAGACCGUGACUAUUGAUGACGUUCGACAUUUAAGUAAAAGUUGUGAAUUUCUUGUCAAUGAAGAUUGUACAAUUCAUGGCUUUGUAACUUGGUUUAAUGUUGUAUUCACUUGCCUUAACUCUGAGGUUCAAAGUUCAAAUGAAUCCAGUUCCAUCCAACUUGUAAAUAGUGAAGCAGCUACAGAGUCUGACCCAGUUGUUAGUCUUCCAAUAACACUUAGUACUGGUCCAUCAGCGGAAGCAACGCAUUGGAAACAAACAGUUAUAUUCCUCACUUCUGCAUUAGAAGUAGAAAAAGAUAGUAUUCUCCCUUGUUUAAUAGAACUUUCCCAAGAUAAAGAUAAUAAACGGCAUUAUAAUAUAUCUAUAGACUUGACAGGUAAUGAGGAUGAUAUUGAGGCUGAAACGAAUGACCAUCCCAUUCCCUGUGAUUGUUCAGCACCGAGGUGCAAGUUGAUAAAAACUGUAAUGGAGAAAUUUGCAGAGGAGCAGGAUGAAGUUGAAACUGAAGCAGAAAAUACCGAAACAAAUGCAGAGAUUGAGGCAGCUCGUGUUUUAGACUCUGAAACAAUCAGUGAUGUGUCUAUUUAACAAAAAAUUUCUUUCUUAAUAAAGCUGUGAAUUUAUCUAUAGAUAAGGGUGACAGCUACUAUCAUCAGUUUGUGAAGACUUUCUCUAAGUAUCCAUGUUCAAUCACCACACUAAAUUAAAGAUUAUGACAUAACAGGCAAACUAGAACUAGCCAUUGAUAUUGGGGAUGACAUAUUGAAACCUUUUGUUGCAUUGGUGUAACAUUAUGCAUUCUUUAAUUAAGGGUAACAAUAUAAAGCUUUUCUGAAGUCCCCUCUUGUUAAACUUGACCAACCAGUCCAAUCUUAUUUCUGGAUUGGAUAAACUGCUUGAGAAUACAAAAACUUCAUUUCUGACACACAGGUGUCCAUUUUAGUCUGCUCCAGAAUAUAAAUAUAACUUUAUGCAUUCUUUAAUAUCUGGUAAGGGUAACAACAUAAAGAUGUUCUGAAGUCCCCUUUGAUUAAGCUUGACCACACAGUCCAAUCUUAUUUCUGGUAAAGAAUAAACUGCUUGAGAAUUCAAGAAAUUCAUUUCUGACACACAGGUGUCAAUUUUCGUCUGCUCCAGAACAUAGGCGUACCAAAUGCUGGGAAAAUUUGGGCACACAAUUGUAUUUUGUAAAAGUUGUAUAAAAAAAGAUAUUGUGUUCUUGAAUGUGUCCAAUUUAACAGCGAAUUUAUUAUUAUUAUGUAACAUACUAAGAACCUAACUACAUUUUUUGGGCAGCAACCACCACCGCCCCCCCCCCCCC